AUGAGCAUCUAUGCUCUUUGCCAGCUUCGAGCUCAGAUAAAUGUGUGGAUAGCAUUCAGGAAGGGAAAGGUUCCGCCACGCGCAGACCUCGCGUUGGCAUUACGCCGGCUCCCAAGGAUUUCGCGGAACCAAGCGAAAGAGCUGGAGAAAGAAUGCAAAGGAAAGCUGUCCUCCAAGAUAUCGACCGCAUUGGAACCGCCGUCAAAGAAGACGACGAAAAAUAAACCGCCACAAGCACAAAGCAAGAAGAAUCCUGAACCAAAUGGUUCGCACACCACAAAAUCCAAGUCAAAGGCGAAGGUCAAGCAAGAGCCUGGCGAUGCUGAAAAGGAGAAAGAGAGCUGCAAAAGCACUAUCCGUUCUAGCAUUCCCAGCCGCUCGACUCGGUCUCAAGGUAUCCUACUUUCAGAAGACCAUCUGCGUCUCAUAAGCUCCAUUCCGAAGUCGCAUAAGGAUCGCUUUCUGGAAUUUCAGCAGCAGAUAAUACGGGACAUUGUCCUAGAUUUCAAGCUCGCUUCCGGCCUGCUGUUGCGCAUGCCUAAACUCAGCUUCCGCAAUCACAGCCUUCUCAAUCUGUGGAAACGCUGGGCUCCAAACGACGAAAAGGCUGGCCUUGAGGGUGAAAAAAAGGAACCCAACGACGAUGUUGGCCAAAGGAGGACCUCGCAGCGGAACAAAGUUUUGGGAAAACGUAAAGCUGUCAGCGCGAAGUCCAAAUGCGGAUCUAAGGAUGCUCCUGAAGGGACGACUUCAACAGGGGAAGGCGUUCAGGUGCUGGCGCCAGCGGCAGAGGGUGUGUCUGCUUUGAAGUCAAGGUGGAUGGAAUGGAAAGCAAAAAUGGUCAGUAGACGUAAGAAGCGAGACGUGGAGAAAUUCCUUGGCGAUAUCGUCAGACAGAGGGAUAAGAUAUUCAAGGCUGCUAAGGCGAAAGCAGAGGCACGAUUGCUGACAUGCCAGAAAGUUAUGGAGUUUCAUGAGCAAAAGAAGAGAAAAUACGAAGAGGAGCAGCUGAAGUUACAAAGGCAGAAGGUGGAGCUAUUGAGGAACAAUGACAUGGAAGGCUACCUCAAGCUGGUUAAGAAUAUGAAGUCAGAGAGGGUGCAGAACCUACUCAAGGAGACAGAGGCGCAUCUUCAGCGCAUUGCUGGACGCAUAGCUUCUGUGCGCCAGCAGAAGGGCCUUGUGAAAGGCCAGGAUGAAGGGGCUGAGCCAGAUUCGGGUGAAUUUUCAGCUACGUCAAACCACCUUGACGCUGAAAAGGCUUACACCAACUUUCUGCACAAAUACCAGAGGGAUGGACUCCAAUGGUUGGCGUCGCUGCAUGCCAAUGGCCUCAAUGGCAUCCUUGCAGACGAGAUGGGACUAGGCAAGACAGUCCAGGUGAUCGCUCUCCUCUGCUACCUCGUGGAGGUGAAGAAGAUACCGGGGCCCUUUCUUAUUGUGGCGCCAGCGUCUGUCCUCCCCAACUGGGUGGCCGAGUUUGGCCGAUGGGCACCGUCCCUCCGUGUCUCCAGAUAUGCCGGCAUGCCUGACAAGCGAGCCACUAUAUUCAGUGGAGAGGCGCAGAAAAAGUGGCUGGAGGAGCGAGGUUUGGCAAACGUGGUGGUGACGACGUAUGAGAUGCUCAUGGGCAAGUUUGACCGCCCGCGGUUGAUCCGCCUGUCGUGGGAGUAUGUGGUGCUGGACGAGGGGCACAGGAUCAAGAGCGCAGAGUGCAAGCUCAACGCUCAUCUCAAGUCGUACAAGUCGAAUCACCGGAUUCUUCUCAGCGGCACGCCUAUCCAGAACAACCUGGAGGAGCUCUGGUCACUGCUCAACUUCCUGCUGCCCUCUGUCUUCAACUGCGCAUCAGACUUCGCCUCCUGGUUUUCCCAGCCUCUAUCACACGUUCUGCCCAAGAAGGCAGGCUCAAGCGCUGCAGGCAGCAGUGCUGCAGACUCAGAGCAGGAGGAUGUGUUGGGCGAGGAGGAGAGGUUGUUGCUGAUCAACCGCCUGCAUCAGGUCCUUCGGCCGUUUGUGUUGCGGCGACUCAAGCACAAGGUGGCAUCUGAGCUGCCAAAGCGCCUGGAGCGACGCAUACCAUGUGCAGCGUCUGCAUACCAGCAGUGGCUGAUUCAGCAAGUUCUGCAGCAUCAAGACCUACCUGCAGCUGAGGCUAACAAUGUCUACAAUUUCAGCCUUCCGACGACAAGGAAGAGAAGCGCCCCUUCCGUCAUGAACGCAGUCAUGGAGCAGCGGGGCAUCUGCAACCAUCCUUUCCUCUCCGCGCUGCAUGAUCGCGAGGUAGAGGAGAAUCUUCCAAGCGGCCCCCUCCCGCCGCUGCUCAGCACAUGUGGAAAGCUGGAGACUCUGCACCGCAUCCUGCACAAGCUGCACGCUGCCAAGCACAAGGUGCUGCUGUUCUGCACCAUGACCCGGCUGCUGGACAUAGUGGAAGAGUAUAUUGAGGGGCAGCAGAAGAUGCACGCGGAAUUGCAGGAGAAGAACGAGCAGAAGAGGAAGGUUUUGUUGGAGCAGGGGAAGCAGCAGCAGCUGGCGAAGUCGAAACAGCAGAAAGGCAAGGCGGAGGAGGGGAAGGGUCCGAGUGUGCAGCGGAGGAUGACCAGACGCCAGCUUCAAGCAGAAGCGGAGCAGUUAACUAACCAAGCAGCUGAAACGAAUGUUGCUUGCAGCUCUGCCACACCUUCAGCCAGUAAACCUUGGAACUAUUUCAGGCUGGAUGGAAACACAAGCGGCAGUGAGAGGGAGGAAUUGGUUCGGGAGUUCAACAAACCAGAUUCUGAUGUCUUUAUCUUCCUCCUCAGCGUGCGUGCGGGAGGAGUGGGAAUUAACCUGCAAGCAGCAGAUACAGUCAUCAUGUAUGACACCGACUGGAACCCACAGAUUGACUUACAAGCACAAGCAAGGGCACAUCGCAUUGGCCAGAAGAAUGAAGUCCUUGUCAUCAGGCUAGAGACCUUGGGGACCGUUGAGCAACGUGUACGGACGGCCGCAGAGAGGAAGCUGGGGCUGGCGAAUCAGAGCAUCACAGCUGGAUUCUUCGACAAUCAGACCAGUGCGGCAGAGCGCCAGACAUACCUGGAGACGCUGCUCCGCACAGAAGACCAGGGCGUGGAUGAAUUUGAUGCUGCUGUACCAACCCCAGAUGAUCACUACUGCCCCUUGGCGAUCUCUGACACACACCUGAACAACUUGCUGGCACGGAGGUACUUCUCUGGUAACCCAAAGCCUGUUUUGAUUCCUCAUGCCACGGACCUCAAAAUCGUGAAAAACAGCGGGAUAAUAAGGCAGAGGCGCAUGCAAUCCUAUCGACGCCAGCUUCAGUUCCUUCCCUUCCCGCCAUUCCCCACUGCACCAGCCCCACCACCUGUGAGACAACCACAACCCGGCACCACCGUAUCCAGCACCAACAUCACUGCUCAGCUUUCCUUCAACGCAUCUGCCACCACCACAACGAAUCCUCCCAACUCCUUGGCCGUCACUAGCACUACUGCUUCGCCUGGGGGAGCCACGGUUAUAACAGGAGGACCUAUUAUCCCCCCGAACACCACUUCUGGCCCGGCAGCAACUGGUGCUGCCCCGCCUGGUGUCCCUGGCCCUCAUGGGUCGUUCCUGCCACCAGUUUUUCCGAAUCCUGUGACAACAGCGGGAGGUGCUUUGCUGGGGGCUGUCGGAGGCGCCACCACGGGAGCCUUAGCAGGAGCUGCAGCUGGUGCUGCUGCUGCUAGCGGUGAGGGAAACGCGACUGGUGCGGGAAAUGCGACUGGUGCUGGGCAGGGAGCCGGAGUUACAGGAUCAGGAACCACUAUGGCUUCUGUGCCUCCUCCUGCCGUCCUGCAGUCGCCACCGCCUCUGAUUUUGCCGCCAGCACAGCAGCAGCAGUUGACCCCACCACUGGCACCAGCACAACAGGGAGCAGGUACUGCUGGGGGAGGUUUUCCUGGUUUUUCUGCUGUGCCUGCGGGGAAUUUUGCUGCUGGUGCUGUGCUUGGGAGUGCGUUGGGUGCUGCAGCUGGCACGGCUGCCGCUGCUGCAGGCUCGGCAGUUGCGUCAGCCGCACAGUCUGCUGCACCUAUGCCUCCCCAGAUUCCACCUCCACAGCAGCAGCAAGUUCAGAGCCCUGCCCCACCAGCACCUGCAGUGACACCAGGGGGUCUUGUCAAUGAGACUCUAAAUGCGAUAGGAGAGCUAUCUGGGCAAGGGAGUGUCGUGGCUGCUAUCAGAAUGUCUGCCGUCCGAAGCCUUCUAGCGCUCUGCGUGAUCCUAGCUGCCGUUGGAUCAGCGAGUGGGCAAUGCGCGCGCACGUUUCAGCAAUGCGAUUUCUUCUUCCUCUAUAAUAAAGCGCGGCCACCCGUUUUUCGGCUCUCGCCGCAGCAAGUCAACCGACUGCUCAGCACCCCCGUGUACCACAGGUCCGGGCUGAAAGUGAUAUCCGCGAACAGCAACGGCAACAUGAGUUGCAAUGGCCCCCAGUGCAGCCCAAUUUUCUACUUCACCAGCGCCACCGUUGGGCCUUCGGGCGGCGGGCGUUUUCCCAUGGCGGCCAACUGCUUGGCGCACCACCCCAUCCCCACAUACGUCUACCAGGAGUACCGUCUUAAGUGCAUUCUUCUUUACAUGGAUAACCUCGUUUUGCCGCGUGUUGGGUGGUUGAAUCCGAACGACAACAAGCAAGAGAAAUUUCCGGAGAGUCGACGAUGUGUAGUAUUCUACACCAGAACUAUGCCACUUCCCCCGUCGCCACCCGCUCCCCUCCCCUCCUCCCCCUCCCCUCCAACCCCCUUCCCCUCUCUCCCCCAUCUCCCGCCUCCACCUGGGUUUUCAGUGACCCGUUUUAACCAUUCCCUUCCGCUCGCCGCAUUUGUUCCCCCCAUUCUCCUUCCGCUCCUCGUCCGCCGUUCCCAGGACCUCCGCUAUUUCGUGCACUGGGCUGCUCCUUUCCCCUCUUCCCGCCCUUCCUCCCCCUCCCCUUUUUCCCCUCCCGCCGCCUUCUCCGCCCCACUCCCGCCCCCACUCCCUUCAUCUUCCGCUCACCUCUUUUUGCGCACCCUUUCGCCCAGCGCGGCGGAGUUCCGCACGGGCGUGCAGCGCAACGGCAACAUCGCGAAGCUGCAGGCGGGGUACCUCUUCCCCGAGGUGGCGCGGCGCAAGGCCGCGCACAUUGCGCGCACUCCCUCCGCGAGCGCGCGCAUGAUCAGCCUGGGGAUUGGCGACACCACCGAGCCCAUCCCCGCCGUCAUUGCGCAAGCCAUGGCGGACGCCCUUCGUCGCGGCAUAGUGGCGGCAUUCUACGAGGGCAUGGGCGUGGUGCAUGACGAUGUGUUCGUGUCUGAUGGGGCCAAGUGCGACAUCGCCCGCUUGCAGGCAUACGUGGACACGAGUGUGAUCAUGGGGCAGACAGGCGCCUACGACCCGUCAUCGCAGCACUACGGCAACAUCACGUACCUGCGCUGCUCGCCCGAGAACGACUUCUUCCCUGAUCUCGCCUCCGCGCCUCGCACUGACAUCAUCUUCUUCUGCUCGCCCAACAACCCCACCGGCAAGGCGGCGUCACGGGCGCAGUUGGAGCAGCUGGUGGCGUUUGCGCGGCGCAACGGGUCCAUAGUGGUGUAUGACAGCGCGUACGGCAUCUACAUUGAGGACGACAGCCCUCGGUCCAUUUACGAGAUUGAAGGCGCUCACGAGGUGAUGGUGUGCUUGUACGGCAUCUACAUUGAGGACGACAGCCCCCGGUCCAUCUAUGAGAUCGAAGGCGCAGAUGAGGUGAUGGGGCGUGGUGGGGUGUGGUGGGCCGUGGUGGUGUGCGGUGGUGUUGUGUGGCGGGGUAUGGUGGUGCACAACGGGUCCAUAGUGGUGUAUGACAGCGCAUACGGCAUCUACAUCGAGGAUGACAGCCCCCGGUCCAUUUAUGAGAUCGAGGGCGCUCAUGAGGUGAUGGGGCGUGGUGGGGGAUGGUGGGAUGUGGUGGGGGGUGGUGGUGUGCGAUUGGAUGUGAUGGGGUCAUGGUGGUGUGUGAUGGUGCAUAAUUUGGCCAUGCGAGGUCUCAUAGCCUUCUACAAGGAAAAUGCCCGUAUUCUAAAGACCGCAUUCUCAGAAGCAGGUCUAGAGACGUAUGGCGGAGUGAAUGCUCCUUACGUGUGGGUGCGCUUCCCCGGCCGCUCGUCCUGGGAAGUGUUUGAGGAGAUUCUGGCUCGCACGGACAUGGUUACCACUCCUGGGAGCGGAUUUGGGCCCGGUGGAGAAAGCUUCAUCCGUGUUAGUGCGUUUGGGCAUCGAGAGAACAUUGUGGAGGCAGCACGUCGCAUGGUGGAGCUUUAUGGAAAAAGCUAG